AAAUUUGAGGUUUUCCGGCCCUUCCAGUUCAGGAGAUGUGAUCCUUAAGAAAUUUUUAAUUUACACAAAACCUCAUGCAAGUGUUAUACCUAGUACUCCAGAUUCAAUGAUAUAUGCGUGCACCUUGUUGGAAUAGUUACCUGUGUUAGUUUAACUCUGGCGCCUUGACUGAUUCCCUUCUUCACUGCAGAGAGGCUGCUUCCGUGUUUGGCGGGUAACGUUUAUCACAACGCUCAAAAUAUAUACAUUGGGAGAAAGGAAAUGCCCCCUCACACUCAGGCAGUGACCAGUGCUACCCAAGCCUGGCUACAGUCCUCCUGGAAUAUCCAGGUUCCGUUUGCCUGGCUUGAAGCCUGUGUGGAAUGGGCACAAGAAGAGGCAGGAGGUGCAGGCUGUCUGUCACAGCAGCAAAUAAACCAGCAGGUCCUGGACCAGUGGUUGUUGACAGAUCUAAGAGACCUGGACUAUCCUGUUCUCCCAAGAAAUCUUUCUGAGGCACAAAAGACUGAACUCAAUGGCACCUUCUGUGUUCAGGUUGACAUGAUGCUGGACGUCAGUCAGCCCGCGUAUGGUCAGCUGCAGCAGUGGAAGGGCAGAGACUGCAGCAACAAUGAGGUUUCUGCAGUCACACAGACCAUGCAGAGGCCUUGGGAAGCCAAACCCACACGGAUGUUAUUGUUACAGAUAACAGAUGGAAUCCAAAACCUUGAAGCCGUGGAAUAUCAGCCCAUCCCUUCACUCAGUGUUGAUCUCAGACCCGGUGCUAAAGUGCAGCUUCAGGGGAAGAUAAUCUGCAGACUUGGGAUGUUGCUGUUGGGGCCGUCACAUGUCAAAGUCCUGGGUGGUGAAGUGGAGGAUUUGGUGGAAAGGAAUAAGCCGGGCCGUGUGUUGUGUCGGACACUGGGUCUCCCAGAAGAGGACCAACAACAACAGCAGCAGCAGCCAGAGCAGUGUGACAGAGAGGCUCCACCAACACCACAACAGGUUAACCGUGAAGUGUACGACCUGGACCUUGACGAUGCUGAGUUGUUGGCCAGUCUGGAUGCACAAGAGGACGUAGAAAGUGUUCAGAUGGAGUCUGUUCAAGACAGUGGCUACAGAACACAUAGUGACAUCUUCACACAAUCUUCAAGAGGUUCCGCUGUCAGGAGUGUUUUGUCUGCAGCUUCAUCCAGGAGUGAAGUUUUCUUCCAUACUAACAGAACUGGUUUGAUCCAGAACAGCAGAGGUGGAUCACUCAUGGAGGACCCUGACCAUACAUCUUCUGACCAGGAGAAUCAAAUAGUAGAAGACUUCCCUGAUGAAGACUUUGAUGAGCUCCUGUUGGAGGAGCUGAACGGUGCAACUGUUCGGCAAACUCCAACUGUGGCAGCACAGUCGCUCUGUCACGGAAACGCACCACAAAAUAACAACAGAACCAGUUUAGGUUUAAACAUUACCUCCGCAGGUCAAACAGCACGGUUCCAACAGCACACAUUACGUGGUUCUGGGUCACGUUUUUUAGCAGCUCAAGAGCUGUCAUCUGAACAACAAUUUGAUGGGAAUAUUGAGAUGGAUUUUAUGGAUGAGGACAUGGAGUGUUUUUUUAAUGAGGAAGAAUCCACCACAGCGACAGGAGGGCAAAAUCGGUUCCCUGUAAAACAAGGACUUAGUAAAGACCCAGUAAACACCAGGGCAUCAGGGUUCAGUUGUUCACACAGCAGUGAUUCAAUAGAAACUGUGAGGCGUCCACACAGUGACAGCAGAGACCUUCUCCCUACUCUCACCUCUCCACCAUUUACUUACUUGUGCCAGAACACUGGGCCAAAUCAUAAUACCACUGAAAUACGAGUCAAAGCUUUCAUUGUGACUCUUUUGGGGAAACUGAGCAGCAGCAACAAUAGGUGGAGUAUCUGCGCCACAGUGUCAGAUGGAACAGGUUACUUGGAUGUGGAACUUUCUGAUGCAGUUCUGACAGGCCUGCUGGGCUUCUCUGUUGCUGAGAAGGUAGCUCAGAGACGAGACCCGGCCCGGAGGAGUGAGCUUCAAGCUGGGAUGUGCAGAUGUCAGGAGGAGCUGGUGGAUAUGUGUUGUGUUAUGACAAUUAAGAUUCAAUCACAUGAGUCAAAGCCUGUUGUUACAAAGGCAGAGCAGGUCAGUAAGAAGGUUCUCCAAGAGCUGGAGAUCAGGGGAAGAGACAGAAGAAGAUAAACAGAAGCAGCAGAAGCCUACAUUUUUGUACAGUGCCCCAUUUUGGAGAUAGUACUGUUGUUGAGCCCCUCCGUGUAGACAGAUUCACAGCGAUUGCUUCAAAACUUUUUAAAUUCUUUUUAUAACAUGGCAUUGUUUGCCUUGCGGUGAACGUCCUUAUAUUAGCUCUGUGUCCUCUCAAUUUUGCAUGAUUUAAGUGUGUAAAAUCUGGUAGGAUCCUGCGGGUGGUGAGUCCACUGGAUGGUUCAUUAGAAGACUCCCUUCAUGAAAAUGCUGUUGAGAUCCAUUUUAGGGUUUUGUAAGGCAGAAUGUGUGAAGUGAAUGUCUGCAGAUCACCCAGCAGUGUGCAGCACUGCAUCCCAUCUGCUAUAUGUGAAUGUGACAUUCUACCGUUUGUCAUGAAGAUUCCAUUCAUCUAUUCACAAUUCUGUUUCCUGCUUGAAUGCAUUGUCAGUACAAAUGGAACAUUUGAUCUAUAGACUGUAAUUGGUGAUAGGUUAUUCAUAUUGUUCUGUUCCAACACGCACAGCUGAGAGCAUUCAGAUUGUAUGUAACAUUUAAAUCUGUGCAUAGAAAGGGUAUUUUAGAUGAGUGACAGUUGUAAAGGAUAAGAAGAAUUUGUAUUCAGAAUUUUGCAAUGAUUUCCCAGUCUGUGGAUUCAUUCAGUACAUCCAUUGCAUCUUGCUUAGAAAUGAUUAAAUAUCCAAUGGCAGUGUGGGCCUUUAAUGAGCUCCUCCAGAUGCAAAUGAAAGAAAAGAGAGACAAAGGGGAGGCCAUGAUAUUAGAUUAUUUCUGUUGAUUACUGACCCUCGGUUAGAUUUGUCUUCCGUGAAUGUGUCCUCCAGACACGUUGUUGUGCCUGUAUUUUUCUUAUACUGAAAUAAACUCUGAAGGUUUUAUUAUAA